AUGUUCAGCCUACGUCAAGCCAACAGGCUGACCUCAUCGGCCUCGCCUUUAAUCCGCACAUUUACAAGAACCUCAGUCCUCCCUGCAAAGCCGCUUCCACCCCGGCUCAAAAUCGACGAUGCCGACGUGAGCAUAUCAUACGUCAAGGGCACCGGCCCAGGAGGUCAGAAGAUUAAUAAAACCAGUUCUGCUGUGCAAAUCACCCAUGCGCCCUCCGGCUUGGUGGUCAAGUGUCAGGCUACGCGGUCGCAAGCUCAGAAUAGGAAGAUUGCGCGUUCGUUGCUAGCGGAUCGGGUGGAACACAUGGAGAAGGGAGAUGAGAGUCGUGUUUCGCUGAAGGCUAAGGCUGCGCAAAAGAAGAAAGCUAGUAAGAUGAAGAAGUCCAGGCGGAAGUAUCGGGCGCUGGAGAAGGCUAAGGAAGAGGAGAAAAAUGAAAAUGGAGAACUUUACAUCGAAGGUGAUAACCUACCUGAACAGAAAGAGGACAUUGGAAAACAUUAG